CAGAGCCCGAGACCGACCCGGCGGCUGGAGGCUGCGGCGCGAGGAGCCAUGAAGACCCCGGCGGACGCAGGGUUCGCCUUCCCGGAUUGGGCCUACAAGCCCGAAUCGAGUCCCGGCUCCCGUCAGAUCCAACUCUGGCAUUUCAUUCUGGAGCUGCUGCGUAAGGAGGAAUACCAUGACGUCAUCGCCUGGCAAGGGGAUUACGGCGAGUUUGUCAUCAAGGACCCCGACGAAGUGGCCCGGUUGUGGGGGGUGAGGAAAUGCAAGCCUCAGAUGAACUACGACAAGCUGAGCCGGGCCUUGAGGUAUUACUACAACAAGCGGAUCCUGCACAAGACCAAAGGCAAACGUUUCACCUACAAGUUCAACUUUAACAAAUUGGUGUUGGUCAACUACCCUUUCAUCGACAUGGGCAUGGCGGGUGGGGCCGUGCCCCAAAGUGCUCCCCCUGUGCCCUCCGGUGGGUCACACUUCCGCUUCCCCCCUUCCACUCCAUCCGAUGUCUUGUCACCGGCCGAGGAUCUGCGUUCGCCCGGGGUCUUCUCCGCCGUGGCUCGCCGCCUCGCUCGGGGCUCAGUCAGCGACUGCAGCGACGGCACCUCGGCCAAUUCAGAAGUGGAGGAGACGUUGGCCGAAGAGCAGCGACGUGGAGGAGAGGCGGGUGGAUUCCGUGGGCCCCCCUUGCCCAGCCAUCCACGUUUGACCCACGACGCCCUCUUUAGGAUCUAUCCCCGCCCGCGGGUUCCUGAGCCUCUCAGCCCCUUCCCUGUGUCCCCCAUGACUGGGCCUGCUGCUCUCCUGCCCCCCCAGCUGUCCCCUGCCCUCCCACUCACUCCCACUCACAUAAAUUACACUCCCUCACCCACCCUCAGCCCCAUGUACCCCAGCGGCUCCCACUUCUCCUUCAACCCUGAGGACAUGAAGCGCUACCUCCAAGCGCACACCCAGAGUGUGUACAACUACCAUCUCAGUCCCAGGGCCUUCCUCCACUACCCCAACAUUAUCAUCCCGCAGCCCCAGCGCCUGGAGAAGCCCCCUCUUCCCCCUCCGCCCUUGCAAGCCGAGGAGCCCCCCAGUCCUUUCAAAUUCAAGCUGCAGCCGCCACCGUUGGGACGCCGCAACCGUGACAAGCAACCUGCGCCAGCCGUGCCCCCGGGAGACUCCAGUGGUGGCCUUCUCGCCUCCUCCUCUUCCUCUUCUGCAGCUGCUCCGGAGACCCUCAUCCCCCAGAUCAAAGUGGAACCCAUCUCGGAGGGAGAGUCCGAGGAAGAUCUCACCGUGGAGGUCACGGAUAUCAGCGAGGAUGAUGAGGAGGUCUUUAAGGCCCCCUCGGCCCCCCUGGAGAAGAUAGAUAAUGGGGAGACUUCCGCUUUAGCGCCCCCCGUUUCUCGGGCCGGGGAGAGCGGCAAAUGCAUUCCCCUCAAAUUACGCUUCAAACGCCGCUGGAGCGAGGAUCAGCGGCUGGAAGCCAGCGGGACGGGCGACGAAACAGACGACAAGAAAGUGAAGGGCGAGGAGGACGCCGGUGGUCACGGGGACGCGGUGGGAGGCCGGCGGAUCAGCACGGAGCUGCAGCAGGCCACAGCCGAACUGACCCUGGAGAAUCGAGACUGCUAGACAGGACAUGCAGCUCUCCCUCCCUCCGGACAGAUGGACCGAUGACGGGGUGGGUGGGCUGAAUUUGCUGCCUUAACUCAGAGAUUAUUUUUCUCCUUUCCUUCCUUCCUUGCGUCCUUCCUUCCUUCCUUCCUUCCUUCCUUCCUUCCUUCCUUCCUUCCUUCCUUGGCCUGGAACUCUGUACAUGCUCUGCUCCUUCUUUGGAAGCCAGAAAAAAAAAAUGUAGGAGCGGGGAAGUUUUUACUUGUCUAUAUGCAUAUAUAAAUCUAAGUAUAUAUAUUAUAUAUAUAUGUAAAACCUCUUUGCAGGGGUGGGGGGAUUUCUAAAAAUUAAUAUGCCAGGUUCGUUUUUAAGGGUUCUCUUUUCUCUCCCCCUCCCCGGCCUCAUACACUAUAAGCCUCAGGACCUUUUUAAUUAAAGAUUAACCCCUCGUCCCCAAAUACGGUGUAGUUUGGGGGGAAAAGCAUUUUGGAGAGGGGCUUUGUAGGGGAGAAUAAGGGUAGUCUUAUAUGGAAGCCACCACCCUGCUCUUUUCCUCGUCCUCACACUCACAAACUUUGCAAUUAGCAAUCUUAAGCACAAUACACUUUUUAAUCCCCCCGUG